CUUCGCAUUCGAAAGGGAACUCAUAUUCACACAGGAAGCCUUUGAACACAUGGAGAGAGAAAGGCAACGCCUGCCAUCAGUCACAGCGGAGUAGGUGUAUAUGAUCCGCUCACAAUCACAUGCUGCUAACAAGCUCCUUUCUGAACUGGGUGGACUGUGUUUGACAGCUGUCUGUCGGUUAACUGGCAAGGCAGAAUGUCACGACGGGACCAGAGGUUUCGGCGAGGCACAAAAGGACGGUGUUGUGAAUGUGGCUGUAUUCUGUCUCACUGGUACUAUGAAAGAGAGGGGCAGCUGUAUUGUAAAAAGCACUACUGGUGCCGUUAUGGAGGACACUGCCACGGUUGCAAGGAGACCAUUGCAACAGGACUCAUAAUGGUUGCUGGAGAGCAAAAGUAUCAUCCUGAAUGCUUCACUUGCAUGAGCUGUGAUAUGGUCAUUGGAGAUGGAGACACCUACACGCUUAUCGAACGCUCUAAGCUCUACUGUGGUCACUGCUAUUGUCAGGGUGCUGUAUCGGACGUGGAGCCAACUUCUCCAGUUACCAAGAGACCACACAUGGUGGCGCUGGUCUCUUUCCCUCCACAUGCAGUCGGACAACGAGGCCUGAGUGUAGUCAUUGAUUUCAGCAAAGACAAAAGUCCUCUUGUGACUGUGACAGAGCUGGACUCAUCAGUCCUCAGCCCUGACCUGCUGUCCUCUGUCCACACUGGUGAUCAAGUAUUGGAGGUUAACGGCAUCCCAGUGCUCAAUAUUUCUCCAGAGGAGAUAAACCGUGUAAUCCAGAACACAAGCAGACCACUGCAGCUGACCAUUGAGCACAACCCACAGGCACCUCAUGACCUCUUUCACUCAGACAGUCCCUCGGAUAACAUCUCUUGUCCUGAGCCCCCUGUCCGCAACAAACUAUCUUCAACCCAGAAACUCCCAAGUCUGGAGGAAGAACCAAGUCCCAGAGAAGAACCAGAUGAGCAAAAUGAACAAAUUAGGAUGAGACUCUCACCAUCUCAGCACCAAGGGACCCCAGGAAUCCGAUCCAGAAACAUUUCGCGCAGCUGCAGUAUAGAUAAGUGCCCCCUGUCUCCUGGAAUGCUGUCGCUUUUAUCUCAAAAAAAAGAAAUGAUUCGCUCAGAGUCUCUUCGAGUAGAUCCAGGAGACCGGACGCACCGUAUCUUCAGACCUUCAGACCUCAUCCACGGAGAAGUGCUGGGCAAGGGCUGCUUUGGACAGGCUGUCAAGGUAACGCAUCAGGAGACUGGGGAGGUCAUGGUGAUGAAAGAGUUGAUACGCUUCGACGAAGAGACGCAGAAGACUUUUUUAAAGGAGGUAAAGGUGAUGCGCUGUUUGGACCAUCCCAAUGUUCUCAAGUUCAUUGGGCUGUUUUAUAAGGACAAGCGAAUACAUUUUGUCUCUGAAUACAUCCAGGGAGGAACUCUUCGAGAGACUAUCAUAAAAAUGGACAAGGAUUUUCCCUGGAAAAUUAGAGUUGGGUAUGCUAAAGACAUUGCAGCUGGGAUGGCUUAUCUACACUCCAUGAAUGUUAUCCACCGAGAUCUAAACUCAUACAACUGCCUGGUCAGAGAGAACCAGUCUGUGGUGGUGGCAGAUUUUGGACUAGCCAGGUUGGUAAUGGAGGAGAGAAACCAGAGCAGAACAUCUUCACUUGAACGUCCUACAAAAGGGACGCUGUCAGAGCUCCGCAAGCAUGACCGCAGGAAGCGGUAUACUGUGGUAGGAAACCCCUAUUGGAUGGCGCCUGAGAUGAUCCACGGGAAAACCUAUGAUGAACGGGUAGACAUCUUUUCCUUUGGCAUCAUGUUAUGCGAGAUAAUAGGGAGGGUGAGUGCAGAUCCUGACUACCUUCCGAGAAGAAAUGACUUUGGGCUGAAUGUGGCAGGUUUCCUGCAGCAGUACCACCCUCCACAGUGCCCCUCUGCCUUCAUGCCACUGGCUGUUCUCUGCUGUGACAUGGACGCUGAUAAACGUCCGUCCUUUUUGAAGCUGGAGGAGUGGCUGGAGAACCUGCUGAUGCACCUGGAUAUUGGUCUGCCUCUGCUCUCUGAGUUAGAGCAGCUCUGCAAAGCUUUUUGGCAGAAUAAUAACCACCAAUGCUCUGAAAACACAAAUAACCACACUGAGCCGAAUCAAUUUACUGAAAACAAAGACCAAAAUGGCAGACUUGACAGCCACACAAACCACGAGCAGAACGCUCAGGCUGAUCUUACUGUGAGGACUGGGUCAGAGGGUAGAAACCAGUUGUGCCGCAGGUCGAUAAGCACAGACUCAUGCAAUAAUGGCUCUGAUACCUAUGAACACAGUAACCCUGCAGAACAACUAGGAGCCCGGCGUGAGCAGUCAAGACCAGUACCAGAGCAGUUAAACAGGUCCAGGAGGAUAUACAAAGCAUUGUGGGACACAUCUAAAGAGGAUGGCUCAUUUCUUUGAUUGAUGACCAAGAUGGGCCACAUCUACAAAGCCCAGUGUUAAAGGAAUAAGACAGUUUGUGGAGACAUUUGUGUCUUUUCAGUCAAGUAAAUUAGUCAUGAAACUGCAUUUGUGAGAGGAAUAUGUAAAUGCAGAAUCAUGCAAGAUGUUCAACAUGCAAAGCAGUAAAUAUUUGUAUGUUGCCCACAUUGGUCUCAUACUCCACUGUGAACCAGUAUUUAUGUGAUUGCAGCUAGAGCCCAGCUGACACUGAGAAUAGCAAAUAUCCAAAUUGAAAUCAACUGUUUCCAUUUUUUUUUUUUCCCAUGAGAUCUUAAUGGAAACGCACAAAAAAAACUAAAUUUUAUUUAAAUUCCAUAAAAAUUGUCAGUGGACAGAUUAAGUAAAGACAAUCCUUUUUUAUAAUUUACCUCAAUUGCUUUUUGGGGGGAUUUUUUUGUUUUUGUUUUGUGUACUGCAGCUGGUCUUUACUUAUUGGCCAACAACAUAAGCUAAAUCUGGUUGUUUACCAUUUGGGCUCUAGUUUCACUUUUACCAAGAAGCUGUGGAACACAUGUCACUUUAUGUCGCCUUAUGUAUUUUCUGCGGAAAAGUGUCAAACCGAAUCUAACCCAACUGAGGACAUUAAAACUACUACUGCUACUAAACUAUAAUUAAGAAAAUAAAGAGAUGCAAGUCAAAAUUUUAAACUA